AUGCGAGACACGCCGAAGGAGGCAGAUGAGCCGCGAGAUGUGGAGGAUAUGAAUGCCGUUCGUCGGUCUCAUCAGGCAAUGGUCAUUCUGACGCGGAAUGCCAAUUCGGUACAUCGAGUGCUGUCGCAGCGAUGGGAAGAGAUUUUGAGAGAAUUAUUAAAUAUAUUUAGUCAGAAGUCCGAUGGAGUACUGAGGCAUGUGCCGCCGGUGUGGAAGAUCCUGCUCUCGGCCACAACUGUCAGCCAUCAGAAAGUGCACGCCAUUCAAGUGUUGAAUAUAUUGUUCACAAGAUGGGAAUCGAUAACGGCGCAAUCAACAGAAACUCCGCUUGUUCCGGACUAUUUGCACGCACACUUACUUACUCGCAUAUCUGAUCUGUGCACCGCCGUGGUCAACUUUUCCGGAAGGCGCCUGAUGCAACAGACGAUCAAGUUCAGCGGCUAUUCAGUCAACAAUUCUCUGACCACGCUAUGCCUGGAUACCAACACCUUCAUAUACGCUGUGCUGACUAAGGAGGACUCGACUCUGCCGGAGGCGGAUGUGCUCGAAAGCAUACCAGCGAGCUACUGGAAGAAUAUAUCGACAUCCUUCUUCAGUCAUGAACAUUGUAGCAUCUUCCAUAUAUUAUAUUACAGGUUCGUGAACAUGAUUCUAAAAGCAGGGCACACGACCACCCUCAAGAACUUCUUCUCCAAGCCAAAACUUAUAUCACGAUUGGUAGACGAGCUCACCGCCGGGCCGUCUGGUAAAACGCCUAUUAUGCUGCUGGUAUGUAAUCUGAUCCGGCUGAAAGCCGAGUGUGAGGCCCCUUCAUCGUAUCUGCGGAACCUUUUAUCAACGAACCCGAAAUGGGUUGAUUUCCAGGAGCCACUUAAGAAAAUGUCAGCUGACAAGCUCGUAGGCUCGGGUGUUCAGUUCAAGAGCGCUGCCGCGCCUUCUACUGUCCACUUCGGCCCGCGAUUGAUUCGCUACGACUCCCUUGGUAUGAUACUGGACGAUAGGGACGCGUACUUCACCGACGACGACGAUGAUAAAUUAGGUUUCGGCUCGAAAUUCUCGCACUAUGUAGGCCUCGGAGACUUAUCUGCGUACGACGAAUCGGCACACAAAACUCCUGCGCCUGUGGGAACAUUCUCAGAUGCCGCGCUCAUUGCCGAUUUCAACGAUGGACAAACGAAUGGCCACCCCACAAACACGGGACCCAAAAAGAAGAGUAAUACCAAGAAGAAAAAGAAGAAGGGAAACAAGUAGGGGCAUAUACCUUUCUCUCGGGUACUGGCAGAACAUGGACAGGACGAUUCAUAGUUAUCGCCUAAUAGUGAUAUUGAAUAUGACUAGAGGUGCAAAUUCGAGAAUGAGCUCUUUUGUUGGUUUUGUCAGGCGGACAAGUUGGGAUCUACAAUCUUAUAAUUGCCUCACAAUUUGUGCAUCUCUAAUGAUUAAAGUACGAUUUCCA